AUGUACAACAACGUUGGUUUAUCAACAGCUCGUGGUUCUGGCACAAAUGCUUAUGUUCAAUCAAAUGUUGCCAAUCUUAGCUUUUCACGGAAUAAAAUCGUUUACAAUGCUGAAGAGGACAUUGCUCGUGCCGAAGCAGAAGUAAAUAAAGCACCAAACUUGGAGUUGUUGGAUCACGAAUAUAAACGGUUAAUUGAAAUUAAAUGUGUGGAAUUUGAAGAUUUGAUGGAAGGAAAGGGUUUUAGUGAAGAAGAAAUCAAUUCAAAAGUUAGCGAAUAUCGCAAACUUUUAUUUAACGAAUUUGAAAGUGGCCGUCUAAAUAUGGAUGCAGAAUUGGAUUUGCGGAAUUCACAUUCUCGUGCAAAAGUUGCAAAACAAGGACGAAGCAAUAUGCGGUGGGCAUUGGGUAUUGAUGCUUCUUUUGUUGAUGGGUCUUCAAUGGAGAAGUAAUAAAAUUAUUAUUAAUUGGUUAAUGGACACAUUCGGUUGGGAGAUAGACAUAUCGGGAUUUUUCAAUGUCCUAACAGCUACUCUAAUGUUUUCAGGACCUACGGCCAUUGGGUUUUGGAUAGUACAUUGUCUUAUUGAAGGAAAUAGUUUC